AGUGCUCGGCUCCCGUUCGCGCUUGCGCACUAGGCUCAAGCCCACAGCGCUGAGUAGGAGCUUCCACCGAGAGAGGACCGUGAACCGGAGAGACCGGAGACAGGGGCACCGGAGGGACGUGUUCACAUUGCAUUGGUUUUGUGAGUUCACUGGAAGUGAGCGCCCCCUGGGGGUGAGAUGGUCUGCAGCAUCAAAUCUGAAGACGGACGGUGGCCUCCGCGGUAACCUCCAUCGGUGCCCUCCAUGUUCCUGUGGAGCACUGCUUUUUAAAAGCUGCAGCGUUCGGUCAUUUCCAACAUGGACGGCGUGGUGGUGGACAACCUCAUAGACUUUGACCUGUCCUCCCAGGCCACGUCUCUGAGUCUGAACGGGGGUCAACACCAGGGACACUCGGACGCUUUCUCCCCAGAGCCGGUGUCUUCAGAGGGAAUCCACCAGCAGCCUUUACUGCCGGAGCCCAUGGCGCCAACCAAGCACCACCAGCACCAGCACCAGCACCAGCCCGAGGACGGGGACAGCGACGCCACAGAGUCGGCGGACAGCGAGAACGACAUGGACCCGCCCUCUCACAUGUGGGAACUGAGGAGGUCGUCGUCUUCGUCGGCCCACAGCGGCGAGGACGCUGACGCCGAGGCGGUGGAGAGGAGGACGUUCAUGAAGGCUUACGUGGAGAAGGUGUUCAAUGGAAAGGAGGACUUUGACCAGGAGGAGAAGGCUCGCUUCGGAGAGCUGUGCAGCGGCGACAACGGGAAAGGCCGGGAGUGGUUCGCUAAAUACGUCAGCGCUCAGCGCUGUCACUCCAAAUGUGUGAGCGAAGCCACUUUCUACCGCCUGGUCCAGUCGUUUGCAGUCGUUCUCUUCGAAUGUUACCAGAUGGACGACUACAGUCCAGCGAAGAACCUCAUGACCAUGUGCUUCACCUACUACUACACUGGUAAAUGUCCCCCGUCUCCCUCGGAGCUGCUGGAUCGCGGGGCUCUUCCUCUCCUUCCUCCUCCUCCUCUUCCUCUGGACUCGUACCUGAACAAGGCGAACUCUUGGCUCACGGGGAAGAAAGACGCCGCCGAGCGCCUCCUGAAGACCACGUCCAAGACCGACGUCAAGGGCUUCUUCGGAGGCCUGGAGAGCAAACUGAGGAGCUCCAUGGCUCCUAAGACCGAUGACGGAGAAAGUCCACGUGAGAUGAAGCCCAGGUCUCCAGUGUCGGAGGCUCCGGAGGAAAAGAAAGGGGAGAAGGUUUACCUGUACACGCACCUGAAGCAGCAGCCCAUCUGGCAUUCCCUCCGGUUCUGGAACGCCGCCUUUUUUGACGCCGUCCACUGUGAGAGGAAGAAACGAUCUCCAACCACCAGGGGGACGCAGGACCAAGACCAAGACCAGAGGGAGAAGUGGUGUCACAUGACCCAGGACGAGAGGGAUGACAGCUCCAAAAUUGACGAGAACAUCGCCUUCGGCCAGCUGGGGACGUUCACUCACAACAUGUUGGCAUUUGGCCUCAACAAGAAGCUCUGCAAUGACUUCCUGAAGAAACAAGCCGUCAUCGGCAACCUGAACGAAGAACAGUACAAGCUGCUGAUCGAACACAUAGAGAAGAUGGCGUCAGAGUGAGUCUGAGGACAUCGUUUCAACGCCUCCACGCCACAUUUAUCUGACAGCACAAACUUCAUCAUCAGCGUUUUCUGGUCACAGCCUGUAGCCACAUCCUCUCAUCCUGUAUCAGCAAUAACUCCACACAACCAGUAUCUGUAUCUCCUCCGUCCAUGCACGCGUCCCUGCGCUGCUUUAUGAAGUGAAACCGUCCAGUAUAAACCCAGAUAUCCUACAUGCCGUCCAUUCUGUGUUUCUGUGCAGUGUGACACCGAUAUAAGGCAAUAAGAACUCACCUUUCUGUUAAUUUAGAGUCUAAAUGUCACAGUUUGCUUUAAGGUUUGUUCAUUCUGUAUGAAAAGGGAAAUAGAAAAGUGAUUUUAGACUAAUUCAACCAUCUACUGACAGUAGCUUCAUAUCAGACACAUUCAUUGUGUAUUUCAGUCCCAUUUCCACCACUUUCAACCUGUUUAGUGAAAGUUGUUUUAUGUUUUUUAUUGAAUUGUGAACCGUAGAGAUUCCUCGUCCGUCCAAAGUGCCUUCCAUGGAAGCGAAUCUCCUCGUCUUUUAGUGGUCCGACCAAACACUAACGCACACGUCAACUCUCCUCCUGAUGAACUCAGUGUAGCUGCAUGUCGCCUGCUUCCUGCUGCAUGUGUUUCUGUGUAGAGUGGUAGUUGUGUUACUUGAUGUCGCCACCACAGGGCAGCAUUGUGUCUUCAGUGUGCGUUUGGUUCUCUUCCUGGCCUGGUCAUAGUCUCUGGUAAUAAUCUGAUCAAUGAUUUAAAUGUAAAUACUGUAAAUGUGUCAGAUUGUCGUGAUCAUGUGCUGCUGUUUGUGAAUGUUGCUGGUUGUAAAUGUGUAAACUGUAGGUAGAUGUUACCGUGAAUCGUGGCCUAAAUGUGCAUCGUUCCUUCUGGGAAUUUAACUUUUGCAUGAAAUCUGAGUUCAUGUCGAGAGUUCGUCUGAGACAAAUCAAGUCUGUAAGUGGAAGUAAAUGAAGCCCCACACUGUUCAAUAUUUGUAAAAAAAAUAAAAUAAAAUAAAUAAAUCAUCAUUAAA